GCGGCAGCUCGAACUAGGGCGAGGGGCGCGGGGCGGAGAGGAGCCGGGGCCGGGAGAGACCCCGGGCGAGGGGCCUCAGGCCUUGGCCGGCUCCCGUCCGCAGCGCGCCGGCCGCACUGAGCUGACGCGCCGCUCCGCACUCGCCGGCGGCCUGCGGGUGCAAGUGGGACGCACCCCUCCUCUGCAGAUGGCGCUGGGACCACCAGGGCCUGCAGUGGCUACGAGGGGUUACCAGCCUAGGCGCCCUUCUCGUCUGCUGAGCAUUGAUGUCAGCACUCAGAACGGGAGUCACGCCCCGGAAAGGAGGCGUGAGCCCUGGCUUCUAGGCCAGAGAGGCAUCUUGCGACCUGAGUGACUUUGGGCAGGUCACCUCCCCGCUCUGGGUUCCUCGCCUGUAAGGAGAUGGCUGGUCUACAGUUCUCAGACCUUUGUCCCCUAAACGUCAAUGUCUGUUAAAUGGGCCUAUGCCACCCGUGAAUCAGCCUUUGUUCACGCCAUUGCCUCGGCUGGUGUGGCCUUUGCUGUCACACGCUCCUGUGCUGAGGGCACCUCCACCAUCUGCGGCUGUGAUUCCCAUCAUAAGGGGCCACCUGGCGAGGGCUGGAAGUGGGGCGGCUGCAGCGAGGACGCCGACUUCGGGGUGCUAGUGUCCCGGGAGUUUGCGGAUGCACGUGAGAACAGGCCGGAUGCACGCUCAGCCAUGAACAAGCACAACAAUGAAGCGGGUCGCACGACCAUCCUGGACCACAUGCACCUCAAGUGCAAGUGCCAUGGGCUGUCAGGCAGCUGCGAGGUCAAGACCUGCUGGUGGGCACAGCCUGACUUCCGUGCCAUUGGUGACUUCCUUAAGGACAAAUAUGACAGUGCCUCGGAGAUGGUGGUAGAGAAGCACCGCGAGUCCCGCGGCUGGGUGGAGACCCUCCGCGCCAAGUACGCACUCUUCAAACCGCCCACUGAGAGGGACCUGGUCUACUAUGAGAACUCCCCCAACUUUUGCGAGCCCAACCCUGAGACAGGCUCCUUCGGCACCAGGGACCGAACUUGCAAUGUCACCUCCCACGGCAUCGAUGGCUGCGACCUGCUCUGCUGUGGCCGUGGCCACAACACAAGGACGGAGAAGCGGAAGGAGAAGUGUCACUGCAUCUUCCACUGGUGCUGCUAUGUGAGCUGCCAGGAGUGCAUCCGCAUCUACGACGUGCACACCUGCAAGGCACUGGGAGCGGGUGAAGCAUGUGGCUGGGCAGAUUCAACGAAGUUCUGUGGGAAGCAGGACCUAGAGCCAGGCUCAGCCCCCCACGUCAGACAGCAAGGAAUCGGACUGCUGCCAGGUGCACGUGUGGUAAAUCCCCUGGAUCCAAUCCGCCUGCUGACUGGGAGGCCUCCCUCCUUCUCAUCUUAAGUUUCUCACCCUACUCUGGAUGGUGUGUGGUUUUUAAAGAAGGGGCUUUCUUUUUAGUUCUCUAGGGUCUGAAAGGAAUAGACCCAAGGCUUAUCUUUGCACAUGUUAAAGAAAAUAAAAAUGGAAAAAAAAAUUCUACUCCAACAGAACAGGCAGGUCUAAUGUGAGCUCUCUGCCUAGUGGUAAAGACAUCAGCGUGGGCCAGAUUCUGUCUCCAGACUGCUUCUUAUGGUGACAUGCAAGAUGCCUGUGAGGUGGGAGUCAUGGAAGAAGACAAAGCCCCCCAGUCUCCUUUCUUCUGUCUACUCCCAUUCAAACCUGAUACUUUCACAUUCUGAUAAAAGCCAUAGGUUUAGCUAGGAUAAAGGGGUAGGGAGGCCCAAGGCAAUUGUUAGAGUAAGAUUUUGAAUUUCGAAGAACUAGGAGUUCUAGGGGACUUGGCAAACUGUUUGAAGAGCAGCUUCUCAGUCUCAUUUUCUCCGUAGCCCUGUUCUGCACAAGAGGCUCUUGUGAACUGAAGUCAGAUCUCCAUCUUUUGCUGCCAUUCUGCAGUUUCCACCAUUAAUGCAGUAUGGUUUUUGUGGCGGAUCUUGUAAAUAGGUUAUGUACAGGGUGGGGAUGACAGGAGCAAGCCUUCUCCAGUUCAAAUGCCUUCCUAAAGAAAGAAGUGGUAUCUUUAGAAGGGGCCAUUCAAUCCCUCCCAGACCUGCUCACCUCAGUCUCCAUAAAAACAACUCUAGUAGAGCAGUUGGACUCUAGGUCACCUUAGUAUAAAUUAGACAGAGGGUCAGAGAGAGAGAAUAGCAAUCUAUCCCUGAAGUUCCAAUUUUGCAACUAGUAGAUAGGGAGGAAAAAAAUGAUUCUUUCAUUUCCUCUCCAAUAAGGAUACAUCUUUCUGCAUCCUUUUCUUUCUUUGGCCUGUGUGAGUAAAUAGAACUACCAAGUUCUUUCACAGAGACCUUCCAGGCUCCCCUGUAUGCUAGGGUAGCAUCAAUCCAUGCAGUUACCAAGGGUCAGGAUUAGGUGUGCAAAGGGGGAGAAGCACUCACUUGCUCCCUUGGAUAGAGCAUCUCACAGCUGAGGUCUCCUCGCUCCACACUGGUCCUCUAGAAUGUCCCAAAGGAAGCUAGCACAAUGGAAGCAAACAGAUCUGACAGUAUGAAUCAAGCCACCAGCUCUAGCUAAAGGGGACCCAGAAAGAGAGGCAGCAGGGCCAUAGAAAAGAACAUGGUUUUUCUUCCUCUGCCCUCUUCUCUCUUUGGUCUCCUCACACUGACCUAACAUACCAGGUCAAGUGACCUUCCUGCUUGCUCGGGCAGGCUUGCCAAGAUGGCCAUGCCUACACUCUCGAAUCUGCUGGCAACGAGCCUUGCUAAAGACACACAUCCCAUUCCCUCUACAGAGAGUCUGAAAUGCCCCUGCCCAUCUCAGCUUAGACUGAAAAGUUUUAAAACAUGUCAACGGGAUAAUGCUUGCUUUGUGUGGCAGUUUUUCAGCAGAAUGGAUACAAAUUUUCAAAACAGUCUUUUCAUAUCUAUGUAUUCUAUAUUAAAAGUGAUAAAGUCAUGUUUCUGGGACGUAUUCAAGUAGCUGACAAGUAAUUAUUUAAUAAUAGUACAUUGAGUGCAUUGUAAUUAUUCCCGACGUAGUCAGGUAAUAGUAUCCAAUGGAAAUUUCCUACCACCCUGCUGUAUCCAAAGUUUUGUAAAAAGCUGUAGAAGUUGUUGAUCUUUUUGAUUUUAUAUUCAAAAAGUCUCUUUUUAUAAAUAUUAUUUAUUAUACAAUGUAUAUACCUUUGAGUUAACUAAGAUUAUAUAUAUUAUAUAAAUAUAUAUAUAUUUGGAGAAAAUAUAUUUCAUCAUGCAGUUUUUUUCUGUUAAGUCAUUAAAGAAAAGGUAAACAAACUUCAAAUGGAUACAUUGUACAAUGUGUGGAGUUUCCAGAUUAAUGCUCAGGAGUCAAGAAUACCCGAUUCUGAAAGUGGUGGCCUCAUCUUUCACCCUUAAAUUAGUGGCCCAAAUUGAUGUCAUGUCCUAUGUUCUCUAAACCAGAUUAUCUGAGAUGUCAUAUAAGUAGGUCUGAUCUACUAUAGGACUUCUUACAGGCUUUGUUCUAAAUCAAUUCUAACAAACAAUUUCCAGUUUUAGAAAUAAACAGUUUGGGCAGUUAAUUCAUUUCAUAGAGUCUCACACUCUAUAUGCACAAAUUACUACCUGACACUCAAAGAUGCAGCUCAAGGCCAGCAGACCAUGGGGUUGGCCACUGGCUUAAUCCUUUCCUUCCCUAUGUUUUCAGCUCUAUUUAUUGGGAGAAGAGGAUAUUGCUUUAUUGAAAAUGACACUUGACUGGAGUUGCUCUCGCCUGACAGCUCCACUGAGAGCUAAACUGAGAGGGGUAGGUUGGCUGGGAAGACGAAAUGGUGUCCCUGGGCUCUGAGUUGUCUGGAACAGGUGUCACUUGAAGUUUUAUACUGGUUUGGGCAGAAGGGACCUACCAGUGGGCAUGCCAUGGGGAAGGGCAUUCUCUCCUUGGACUGUUGCUUCAAAAGGACUCCACUGAAGCUCACAAGUCAUGCCUGCUCAACAAGAGGCUACAACUCAGUUUUAUGAUGCAGACAAUCCUUUGGUCUCCAGACCUACCCAUAAAAUGUCACCUUUGGUUUAUCUGGCACAGCUGAAGUGUUUUCUUUUUCUUUCCCCCGAUUUACCUUUAUUAGGGACAAAUCUUACUUGUCUCACUUCAUAGCAAAAAAAUAACAGAAAAAUAAAGCAGUCAGCCUUAUGCGGUGGUGAUGGGCUACACUGUGCUCCAUUCAGACCUCCACUCUUAGAUUAGGAAUGGCUACUAGAAGUUCACAAACUUUAUUUUGCCCAUGAUGUGUCUUUAUCUAGUUCCUGAAAAGCUUAAACCACAAAUGGUUGUUUCAGCUGUGCAAGAAACUGGACAGGGAGAGUAUACAGCUCUCCCCCAUGUCUUACAGUUUUGGUCAUUGUAUUUCACUUUUACUUAAAGCUAACACACUCAUCUACACCAGCAUUCUGGGUACUUUUUUUUUUUUUAACCUAUCAAGGCUGCCAAAUACUUAA